AUGACAGUCAAAUCGGAUUCGAACGUAGAUGUGGAUAUUGAGAAGCAGCCGAAAUCAACCGAAUUAGAUGACAGCGAAGAAUAUGAUUAUAUUACUGUGCCACCUGAUGGAGGCUUUGGUUGGGUGGUGCUCUUCGCUUGUUUCAUGAUUAAUCUGAUUGUUGAUGGCUUCCUAUAUGCAUUUGGAGCAAUCUCGGAAGAUAUAAAAAAACAUUUUAAUUGUCAAGAAUGGGAAGUUUCGUUAGUGAUGUCACUUGCCUGUGGCUUUUAUCUUCUCAUUGGACCAGUGGCUUCUGCUCUUUGUAACAAAUGGGGUUGUCGUAAAGUUGGUAUCAUUGGAAGUGUAACUGCUGGAUUAGCUGUUGCACUAUCUGUUCUGUCACCAAACGUAUAUGUAAUGUGGUUAUCGUUCGGUCUUAUCGGUGGUAUUGGCAUGGGUCUUGUAUAUUUACCGAGUAUUAUUAUGGUUGGCUAUUAUUUUGAAGAGAAACGUGCUAUUGCUACAGGAAUCGUGACGACUGGUACUGGAAUUGGUGCGAUCGGAUCUGGACCUUUGUCAAAAUUCUUAUUCAAACAAUUUGGUUGGCGAUAUGGAUUAGUUAUUCUCUCUGUAUUUCUUCUUUGCUGUGCUAUUUGCUGCGUAUUCAUGCGUCGUUUAAAACCAAUGCGAAAACGACGUACUUUACCAUCCAACGAAAUAGUCGAUGACAGCGUAUUUCCUGAAACGGCAACAUCAGUAGUUAAUCAUGCAGCUGUUAUAACACCAACAAAAGAUGUUCCGAGUUCGAAUUUUUCAGAACUGAAAAUCGACGAUAAAAUAAAGAAACGCUCCCGAACGGAGUCAGCGCUUUCAACCAAGUCCAGACACAGUAUUAAAGCUGAGGAUGCCGUUCGUCCGCUGUAUAAAGAAGAUGUACUCUAUCAAGGUGAUACACGUGAUCUACCUGAAUACCGAUCCCAUCGUGAUAUUCCAAGCUACAUUCAAGACACAACUAAAGUACCUGAAGUCAUGGAAAAGUCAAAAAUGAAAGCAUUUUGGGAUAUUUUUCUUUCGAUGACAAAUUUUGAUUUAUUAGCUGAUAAGAAAAUGAUUAUUCUCUGUUUGGCCAAUGUAUGUUCAAUGGUUGGCUACUACACACCGUAUCUGUUCAUUCCGAAAUACGCUCAGUUUGAAAGAUCAGUUCCAGAAAUAAGCUCUAUUUUCCUGCUAUCAAUUAUCAGUUUUAGCAACACUCCUGCUCGAUUUCUCUCCGGCUGGAUAACGAAACUUCCGUACAUGACACCUCUACUCGUGAAUAACAUCGGUUUAACUGUCGCUGGUGUUUCAUCGUUGCUUCUACCAUUUUGCACGAGCCAUUUGCUUUUAAUUCUGUUUUGCAUUGUAUGGGGUGGCUUUAUUGCGUUCCAUGUUUCAUUAAGUCCAGUGAUCACAUGUGAUUUAGUAGGUCUCGAACGUUACAGCAAUGCGCUGGGUUUAGUAUUGAUGUUUCGAGGUAUCACAUCAUUGAGUGCUCCACCGAUUAUGGGUGCUAUUCGUGAUGUAACAAACAGUUUUGAUAUUGCAUUUAUUAUUGGUGGUAUAAGUUUUCUUGUAAGUGCACUAAUGCACUUCCAUCUGAUGUGGAUUAACCAUCGUGAGAAGAAACAAGUAGAUGAAACAAAAAAGUCGAUCGAUAUUCAAGCCAAUCCAAUGGCAUCCGAUAUUUAA